GAUUUUUGCACACAGUCCGAGCAGCUAUAGGCCUAGAAAAAUCUCCUGGUAGGCGACGUCAGGUGCGGCAUCUCCACCGUCUCACGUCGUUGUUUCGCCAACAGCAAAAGACAUGAAACGAAACCAAACUUAAGUUUCAAUUUCUUUCGACCGGUCUUCCCUCUCCAUCACUGAGGCAGCCCUAUCUGGCUCACAGUUUCGACACUGAAGGUCGAAGCUGCCAAUUGUAGACUUGUCAGGUACAGAGCUCAGUGAGGACUUUCAUCCAGCAGUUUUGUUCCUUUUUAAAACAUAACGACAAAUCAUCAUCAUGAACUCUCUGAACCAGCAGUAUGAGGAGAAGGUGCGUCCCUGCAUUGACCUCAUUGACUCUCUUCGCUCUCUGGGUGUAGAGAGGGACUUGGCGCUGCCUGCUAUCGCCGUGAUUGGCGACCAAAGCUCAGGGAAGAGCUCUGUGCUGGAGGCGCUGUCAGGUGUGGCUCUGCCAAGAGGAAGUGGCAUUGUGACAAGAUGUCCUCUCGAGCUGAAGAUGAAGCAAAAGAAAGAGGGAGAGGACUGGUAUGGAAAGAUAAGCUACCAGGACCACGAGGAAGAGAUAGAAGACCCUGCAGAUGUGGAAGAAAAGAUUCUCGAAGCUCAGAAUGAAAUAGCCGGAGUCGGGGUGGGGAUCUGUGAUGACCUCAUCAGUCUGGAGAUUGCCUCUCCUGAUGUUCCAGACCUGACACUCAUUGACCUGCCUGGUAUCGCCAGAGUGGCUGUAAAGGGACAACCAGAGAACAUUGGAGAUCAGAUCAAGAGACUGAUCCAGAAGUUCAUCACAAAACAAGAGACCAUCAGCUUGGUGGUUGUUCCAUGCAACGUGGACAUAGCAACCACAGAGGCUUUGAACAUGGCACGGCGAGUGGAUCCUGAUGGAGAGAGGACUUUGGGUAUCUUGACGAAACCUGAUCUAGUGGACAAAGGCACAGAAGAGACAGUGGUUGACAUUGUCCAUAAUGAGGUCAUCAACCUGAAGAAGGGCUACAUGAUCGUCAGGUGCAGGGGUCAGAAGGAGAUCACAGAGAAGGUGUCUCUUACUGAAGCAAUAGAAAGAGAGAAAGCCUUCUUCAAAGAUCAUGUGUAUUUCCACACUCUUUACAAUGACGGUCUUGCUACUGUUCCUAAACUGGCUGAGAAACUCACCCUUGAGCUGGUGCAACAUAUUGAGAGAUCUCUGCCUCGACUGGAAGAGCAGAUAGAGGAGAAACUAGCACAGACUCAGGCAGAGCUUGAGAAAUAUGGCACUGGACCUCCAUCUGACGCAGGCGAGAGACUCGCCUUCCUCAUUGAUAAAGUGUCAGCAUUCAAUCAAGAUGCCCUUAGUCUGACUACAGGUGAGGAACUCAAGUGUGGAGAAAGGCUCAAUGUCUUUUCUACACUCAGAAGAGAGUUUGGGAAGUGGAACACCCACCUGGAUGACUCAGGAGCAAACUUUGACAUAAGAAUUGACAGAGAGGUGGAGGAAUAUGAAGAGAGGUACCGUGGAAGAGAACUGCCAGGCUUCAUCAACUACAAGACCUUUGAGAUCAUGGUCAAGGAGCAGAUUAAACAGCUGGAAGAACCAGCUGUCAAGAAACUCAAAGAUACAGGAGAUGCUGUUAGGAAAGCUUUCAUACAGCUGGCCCAAAGUAGCUUCACCGGAUUUCCCAACCUUCUGAAAACAGCCAAGGCAAAGAUCGAAGCCAUUAAGCAAGAAAAGGAGUCCACUGCAGAGUCCACACUGAGAACUCAGUUCAAGAUGGAGCUGAUCGUUUACUCUCAGGACAGGACCUACAGCAGCAGUUUGAGUGAGAGCAAGAGAGAGAAGGAGGAAGAGGAGGAAGAGGAGGAAGAGGAUGAUGAAAUCCAAAUCUUUGAUCAUCACCAUGCCACACUGCAGCAGCUAAAGUUGCAUCUUAAAUCCUAUUACAAAAUUGCCAGCCAGCGUCUGGCUGAUCAGAUCCCACUUGUGAUCCGCUACCAGAUGUUGCAGGAGUCUGCUGUCCAACUGCAGAGAGAGAUGCUGCAGGUGCUUCAGGACAAGGAGAAUAUGGAGUUCUUGCUAAAGGAGGAUUUGGACAUCAACCUAAAAAGGUCUUCUUUGCAAAGUCGCCUCAAACGGCUCAUGCAAGCCCGUGCAUACCUGGUGGAGUUCUAGAGGUCAAUGACCAACAGCGUGAUUUUGUUCUUUAAUGAAAUUACAUUUAAUUAAUUUAUAUUGAUUUUGUACGUUGAUAUUCGUUGAUGGUUGUGGGGUGAGUAUAUCAUUGUUGGUCUCAUCGGGUCUUGAGGGCACAAUAGAUAUAUACUGUACGUUACCUAUAAGAUGCAAAAAUAAAUAAAUAGUCCAAACCUCAUAAGUCAUCGUAACAAGAAUGGAUAAGAAAGACUUUUGCCAGGCUCUUUGUGUAUAUACAUUAUUGUAUAUGCAUGUAAACAGACAUGCAAAAUUGUGGCACAUUUCAUGAUAUGGCCUGAAAAAGUGUGUGAACAUUCUGACAAUUGGAGCAUGGUCUGUAAACGCUGAUUUCUAUUGUUGUGAUACAUUAGAUAUAUCGUGAAUGUUAAAAUAAUUAGAAAUAGAGUUGAUCAAUCUGUUUAACCAGCUGUGUCUGUUAUAAGCUUUAUAUUGUCUGGAUUGUUAAAUGAUGUGUGACAAAUGGGUAUGGAUUACUCCUGGCCCGGACAUACAUGUAUAUUGGACUCUGUAUUUUAAAUCAGGCUGCUUCUAUUUUUUACUUCCACACAGACUAUGCAGUUCAUGUGGAUUAAUGGAACAGGUGUCUACUUUUAUUUUUGCAGGGUUGUGUUAUUUGUGUGUGGUAAUGUGGUGCAUGCAGACUUUUUAAAAUAAAACACUUACAUUUACUGACUACUACUACUGACUAUGAUGGAACUUUUGGGGUAAUAAGGCAACUAAAUGAUCACUGUGAUGGAUUACUUUUCAAGUAAGUUUCCUGUCAAUCCUCAGCAUACAGAUCAUCCAGUAGUAGUAGUACAGUAGACAGUGCAUUAGAUUUACUGGAAAUCAACAACACACACAAUUCUGUCCAACUACAGACAUACAAUAAGUCAUAUUGUUUGUUUGCCAUGUUUGAACAGUACACCUUUAAUCUUUAGUUGUGUUUUUGUACUUGAUUGUGAUAACACCCAGUAUUGCAUUAGCCUUGAGUGGGUCUUCACCCUGGUCAGUAGCUGCUAUUGGGGUGUUAAAUACACGUUUUUGUACAGUUUAAACUACCAGCUGUUUUUAACACAGGGUUUCUUGGUCAAAAAUAUUUUUAAAAAGUAGUCUUUAUCUUUGGAAACCGGGUCUCUGCUGUUCCUUAUGGGGUGUUCUUACAGGUUUAAAUAACACUGUUUGAAAUUGUUGAAUCACUACCCUCAUGCAUGGUUCCAUCAAUAAAUCCAACUAAAUUGAAAUUUAAUUCAUAACAUAAUAACAAUAUUUUCCUGAAGCAUAUUAUGAGUUGUAGGGUUUAAAUAUGUAGAAACAAAUAGGAAUUAACUUAUAGCUUGAUAUGUUGGCUUUAUUUGGAAUACAGCUUUUUGGUUUUGCUUGUGUUUUCUUUUCAUGGUUGAGGUAGGUGUCCUCAUGAGUUAAGAAAAAUAGGAAAUAUAAAUAAUUCCCCUUUGGAUGCUUUUUUUCCUAGUUGAAUACAAAUGUCAGCCCCCACACAAACCAAAUCAUAGGACAAAAUACAUGCAACAAAAAUAGUACUAGAGUCAGUAUAGACUGAACACACAUUUUUCUUCUUGUUGAUUUAAAACCUAUGGUUGACAAACUAAAAAAAAAAAACUCUGACCACUGUUCAACCAAGAGCACCAUGUAACUAUCUUUACCUCAAGCA